CAGCGUGGGCGCCGUAAACACAGGACAGGGAGCAAUGAUCGUGACGGGCGGCCCUCGGCACGGCAUGACCGGGAUAGUGAUGGUGUUUGAAGGAGGCCGUUUAAAGCAAACUCUUGAAGGAGAGCAGCUGGGCUCUUACUAUGGGUCUGAACUCUGCCCGUUGGACAUCGACCAAGAUGGGUCCACAGACCGCCUGCUGGUUGGAGCCCCGUUUUUCCACAUCCAUGGGGAGGAAGGGAAGGUUUACGUCUAUCGUUUGGAUCACGAGCUCCAGACCAGUAAUUCGGCUGGUCCCAGCUGCGCAGUUCACCCCAGGACAAAUACUCAAUUUCUACAACAGCUGUCUCAUUACGGCCCAAGUGUGCUUCGGCAGAACGGACUCUCUCGAGGCCAGCCAGCCAGGGAUGCAGAACCUCCACAUUCGCUACACUUUGGAUUUGGAUGUCGAGAUGGAUAAGAAAAGAGCACAGUUUGAGGACCACGCCACCACUGCCACCAGGGAGAUCUUCUACCAGGGACCUGUGUGUUCUGAACUGCAGUUCCAAAUUUUGCCGUGCGUCUACGACUGUUUCUCGAGUGUCGUCCUCCGACUUGGCUACCAGCUGCUUGAUGACCCUGUAUAUCAUGAUCUCCGCCAUCCCCUGCCUGUGCUCGAUAUAUAUCAAGGAUCUGAGCUGUAUGUUCAGCUGCCCUACGAAGAUGCCUGCAAGGAGAAGACGGCCUGUACACCACACUUGAGUUUGACCCUUCAAGCAGUAAAGGACCUGGUGGCAGGCCACACCAAGGACCUGACGCUGACCAUCUUCCUCGGCAACAGCGAAGAUAGCUCCUACAUGACCUGGCUGGUCUUGGAGUACCUUACCAACCUGCUUUUUAAAAACGUCCAAGAGCUUUCCUCUACAGUCGUCGACUGUGAUGCCCCUAAAUCAGCGGCCACCCUGCUCUCAUCUCUGAGCUGCAAGGUUGGGCAUCCCGUGUUCGAGACCACAACAGCCAAUUUUUCAGUGACCUGGCAAGUGGACGGGAAAAGGUUCCCUGGCAAUUUGGCCAAUGUCACGGUGAAUGUUACCAACAUCAACAGGAAUAGCACAGCCCUGGUGAAAAAGCACUCUGUUGAUGUCAAAUACGCCCUCACUGCCAUCCUCAGCAGGCCAUCUAAACGGGUGUACGUGAGUGUGCAUGAAAGAUCCCCUCAGAGCGCACGCUUUGAAUUUAAGAUCAAUGGGAAGAACCAGUUCGGAGCCGAGCUGAGUCCCGGUCUUAGUGGACACGCACCUGGUUGCCAGGGUCAAGACAGCGUUGGGGUCGCAGAGUUCCACCAUGUGCAAAACUGAGAAGAGUUUCAGACAUAAAGAGGCAAAGGACAUCAAUGGAGUCAGAUACCAACUUGUGACCUGUAUUAUCACAUCAGAGAGAGAGAAUGUGACAGUGACAGCAAAGCUUUCUUUGGCUAAUUCCCAACAGGUCUUACAAGACAGAACUCACUUGCUGGUGAUACGUGAAAUCCUUUUCAACAGAAACCUUUACGUGGGCCUCAAUGAAGAAAGCCACACAGCAGAGAUCACUGUGGUUUUGCUGAGAGAGAAAGAGUUCAGUUUCCUCCCUGUCAUUAUCGGAAGCUCUGUUGGUGGGAUUUUCCUCUUGGCUUUUAUCAUUGUCGGCCUUUAUAAGUGUGGCUUUUUCAAAAGAAGCUACCAGAACAGGAUGGAGGAGCAGAAUGAUUCCUGAGAACCACAGAGCACAAUUCUGGAAUGGAAUUAGGAGUAUUUCCCCCGCUGAGGAUUCCCUUCGGCUGCAAGCCAGGCAAACUCAGCGAGAGAUUCCAGUUUAUUUUAAAAUGUUGCUCUCUCCUGUAAAGAGACCAUAUUAUUCUUGUUUUAAAUGAACGACCCUGGCUGCCAGCAAGUUUCCAGGCAAGAUAGAAAGCGCUGGUUAUUACCUAUACAGCCCUGAAUGGCUUGGGCCCAGAGUAUUUAAGAGAGUGCUGCCUUCUUCCUGAACCCCACUACCUAUUAAAAUAAUCGGGGUUGGACCUCCCACCAGGGUGCUAUUUAGAUUGCACACUAUCUUUGACAUCGCAGCCCCUGUGUUGUAAGGAAGGUGCUGUUCAUAUUUCCGAUGCCUUCUUUCAGAUUGUAUUGUUGCAUCACAGCCCUAUAACGUCGUAUCUGCGUUGCAAAAAAGAGAGAAAAAAGCUGUAUUUCCCCUUUGUAGGAGGCUUGCCCCCUUACAACGGUAUGACUAUUGAAAAUACACCUAUUUUAUCAGG